AGUCAGAUUUGUGUCCACACAGCCCUGAAAACAGGGCAAAAAAUGGGAUUUGUGCCACUUCAACCUGGUCAUGUGAUGUAGCCUCAGAUUAUAUCUGCACCUACCCCUGGAUAAGGAUCCCUACAGAACCUCACCAGAACUUUACAAAUGGCAACAUGGAGGAAACAUGGUGGAGCAUGAACUUCUCAAACCUUGAUCUUCUACCAGCCAUUACGUUCAGCAGUGACCAGCUUUCUCUUCUGAUUAUGGCCAGAGAAUUCUUCUCACAGAAGCAGCUUUAGGUCAAGGAAGAGAUAAGAAGGAGUAGAGGCUCUGGCCAUGCGUGGCAGGCUCUAUGACCUCUUCCUGGUCAAUGUGUUGACGUGUGGGCUGGAGAUAUGCAUGGCCACUGGAACCAUCUACAUCCCUCCCAUGCUGCUGGAGGCUGGGAUGGAGGAGCGCUUCAUGACCAUGGUGCUGGCUGUUGGACCUGUACUGGGGUUAAUAUUCAUUCCACCUAUCGGCUUGGCGAGUGACAGCUGGAGCAGUCGUUAUGGACGUCGGCGUCCUUUUAUGUGGGCCUUGUGCAUUGGCGUGCUGCUUGGACUUGUGGUCAUUCCCCACGCUCCCCAGAUCGCCGCUCUUUUUUCCAAACAGCACCACCAGUGGCUGGAGGUCCUGCUCCUGGUCGUUGCUAUCUGCAUAAUGCAGUUCUGCGGACAGGCCUGCUUCACCCCUCUGGAGGCCCUGGUGUCGGACCUCUACCCUGGACAGGAGGAGAGCCAUAGGGCUUUCUCCGUCUACUCCCUGAUGCUCAGCCUGGGUGGCUGUGUGGGCUACCUGCUGCCUGCUGUGGACUGGAGCUCCCUGGGUGCCACGGCCUACCUGGGAGGCCAAGAGGCCUUCAUUUAUUCUCUCCUCAUCGUCAUUUUCCUCAUCUGCCUGAUGACCACAACCUUCAUCUCGGAGGAACAGACAGCAGGGCUUGGAGGAGGUGGGCUAGAGGUGUCAAGGAGAGGUCCAAACUUGUGGAGCUUCUGCAAUUGGCCACACAGAUUGUUCUCAUUGACUCAGCUCCUGAGGCGGACCCUGACUAGCCUCCUGUCUGUGGUGCCGAGGCUCUGUUCGCUGUGCAGCAACAUGCCUGUGGUCAUUGCAAGGCUGUUUGUGGCUGAGCUGUGCAGCUGGAUGGCUCUUAUGACUUUUGUGCUGUUCUAUACAGACUUUGUCGGGGAAGGCUUGUAUAACGGAGUACCGAGCGCUAAGCCUGGGUCCCUGGAGAGGCUCCACUAUGAGGAAGGUGUGCGGGUGGCCAGUCUAGGCCUGUUCCUGCAGUGUGUGGCGUCGGUGGGCUUCUCUCUGUUGAUGGAGCGCAUGGUGGCGUGUGUUGGUGCGCGAGCGCUCUACAUGAGCAGCGUGGUGCUGCUUGCGUUGACCACGGCAGUGAUGACCGUGUCUCACAAUGUCGUUCUGGUCACUGCGAUGGCCGCUGCGACGGGAUACACCUUCUGCACUCUGCAGGUCCUGCCUUACACGCUCACCUGCCUCUACCACUCAGACAAGCAGGUGUUCUUCUCCAGCAGCAGAGUCCAGCUCCCAACCAGCAGGGAUGAGCCAGAGAAGCUCAAGUUGCCUCAAACGCAGCCGUCCACUAAGUACCACAGCACUAACGGGUGCGCACAUGGACACCAAGCAAACAUGCAUAGCAAACCCACUGUGUCAACAUCACUGAAUCUGCACGUGACCCUGCCCAUGGACACGUCCCCCACGUCCUCCCAACCACCUAGGGGCAUGUGUCUGGACAUAGCCAUACUGGACAGUGCCUAUCUGCUCUCGCAGGUCGUGCCUUCUCUCUUCAUGGGAUCCAUCGUACAGCUUUUCCAUAGUGUGAGCAUCUACAUGGCCUGUGCUUCUGCCCUCAGCCUGCUGGCUGUUUAUUUCGCAAGCAAGAUUGUCUUUGACAGGGCGGACAUGGAAAUGCUGCAGUGACUGCAUGAAGCUAGUAUUAUUUAUUGGAGUGUUUAUAAUGUGGAGAAAGUAAUAUGGGUCAAGUGCAUUUUUCAGAAUGCAUUUAAAAAAAGAACGUUUUCUUGAAGCCUAAUCUCCAUCUAGUCACAUCUGUAGCAUGAUAUUCACUACAGUCUCCCUGUACUUAGAAAAAGUACAGAAAAAUGUGUUCACCAUAUAAUAGAAGCGCAUCGGCAGUUGCUCCAGCAGCAUCAAGAGGUUUUCUGUAUGCUACAGAUGUGGCUAAUAAAGAUUAGAUUGACUAUUGUGGUCAUAAACACCUGUUUAAUACUUUGCUUUAAACUAUUUCAAGUGUCUUAAAUGUGUACAAGACCAGAGUGAUUCCAUAUGCCUAUGAAAAAUAAGGAAUGUUUGAAAAGGGAGAAAGAAAUAAUGAAAAGAAGAGAGAUGGCCGUGUAUGUCA